ACACACACACACACACACCUGCCCAUAAAUACACUGUUCACCUUGCAAUUAGUCCAGAGCUGGAGCAGACUGCUAAGAAACCAAAGAGAAGAGAACAAAGUCUAGGCAAGCAAAACAAAAUCCCACUCCUGAAUCCCUAAGCCCCACUUUAUAACCACCUCCAAUAGCUGUGCCCCUGGCUCUCAGAGGCUGAAUGGAAGAGAAAGAGGAGCAGGCCUCAGGCCCCUUCAACUCCAGGGAAACCUGAUCCAUCUGCAAGGGGAUUGAUUAAGCCACUCCAGGGAGCCCAGAAAAGGCCAGGUCCAAGAAGAGCCCAUCAACAGGGAAUCAGAACAGCAGGAAUUUCUCUGCCGGUGCCCUAGGAGGGCCAACUCCAUUUACUAGGCAUAGGCCACAGUCUAGUCAUAUGACCAGGAACAAGCCCCGCCCCGAACCUCAGCUUCUUUCUCUGAGAAGAGAAAGCCUAAGACCCAGCGGUGGUGAGCAAUCAAUGAGCUUAUUCGCUGGCCUGCUUAGCAACUACCUGGCCUAGAAGGAGCACCACGGAGGGAGGAUGGCUCCAGAGAUCUGGAGCCCCCAAGGCAAAAGUCAGCAUGUGUAAGUGCCUGUUUCGUCUCCAAGAUACAACAGAGCUUCGGGCACUCAUCAUUCCAGUAUUUUACCUCCGAGGGGACAUAGAAUUAAGGCCCAAGCAGCAGGUUGGGCCUGGAAAGCUAGGGAGCAUAGACAGGAUUGUGAGGUCUCGUCUCCUAGACUUGAGCCCCCAGGUUCCGGCGCCAGAGGUGGAGAACGAAUACAGGACCCAGCACCUGAGAGACUGAGGCAGGAAACUCCCAACGAGGUUCAGUGCCGCCCUGAGCUACAUAGUGAGUUCCAGAACAACCUGGACUGAGAGUACCUUCUACAUUCCAUUGAGAGAGAACUUGCAAGGCGAGCUAAGACAACUCACACCACGGAUGGCCACACUUUCCUGCCUUCACACUCAGAGGACUUAUUGUCUACGUGGCUCCUCCGCACACUUCCCAGACAUUCGAUUAUUUAAUCUUUGCCCUUUUUUUGGAAGCUAAGAUUCUUAUUUACAGAGCCCGAGUUAACCUGCAAGUUGUACACAGGAGACAACUUAAAGUACCGACUUCCUCAGUUUUUUUGUCCGAAACUAAACGGCAAUGAAAUUCCCUUGUAGAAGAAUUACAUUAUUAAAAAUCACCCAUGUAGUCUAUUCCGCGCAUUCCUUUCCUGGAAGAAUAUUGGUCCUGGUCGCCCACCCUCAGUUCAUGGAACAGAAGGCACCCUCUCCGCCAGCGAUGGAGAACGGCACACAGCCCUGCCAAGAGCGCCCACCCGCGGCCCCGGAGGCGACUAUCACCGAGGGCGCCGCCAAGAUCGUCUUCCCCAACGCCAACGAGGUUUUCUACAACCCAGUGCAGGAGUUCAACCGGGAUCUGACAUGUGCUGUGAUCACUGAGUUUGCUCGAAUUCAUCUUGGGGCCAAGGGAAUCCAGAUCAAGGUGCCAGGAGAGAAGGACUUGCAGAAAGUGUCUGGGAACUUGUCCGAGCAAGAGGAGGAAAAGGCUGAACAGGAAGAGAGGGAAACCCUGGCCUCAGGAGAGCAACCUCGGACAGCUGCCGUCGGUGAGAUCUGUGAGGAAGGUCUACGAGUGCUGGAAGGCCUGGCAGCCUCCGGUCUGCGCUCCAUCCGGUUUGCCCUAGAGGUUCCUGGCCUCCGGUCUGUCAUUGCCAAUGAUGCCUCUGCCCGGGCUGUAGAGCUCAUGGACCGAAACGUGCACCUCAACGGUGUGGCACAUCUUGUCCAGCCCAACCAGGCAGACGCCCGGAUGCUGAUGUACCAACACCAAAAGGCGUCUGAGCGUUUUGAUGUCAUUGACCUGGACCCCUACGGCAGUCCUGCCCCCUUCCUGGAUGCAGCAGUGCAAGCUGUGAAUGAUGGAGGUCUUCUGUGUGUCACUUGCACGGACAUGGCAGUAUUGGCAGGGAACAGUGGAGAGACGUGCUAUAGCAAGUAUGGAGCCAUGGCCAUCAAGAGCCGGGCCUGCCAUGAAAUGGCCCUGAGAAUUGUGCUGCAUAGCCUGGACCUGCAUGCCAACUGCUACCAGCGCUUCGUGGUGCCACUGAUCAGCAUCAGCGCUGAUUUCUAUGUCCGGGUUUUUGUGCGCGUUUUCACAGGCCAGGCCAAGGUUAAGGCCUCAGCCAGCAAGCAGGCCCUGGUGUUCCAGUGUGUGGGUUGUGGAGCCUUCUACCUGCAGCGUCUUGGCAAAGCAUCAAGAGACCCUGGUGGCAGGGUCAAGUUCUCUGCAGCCUGUGGUCCUCCAGUGACCCCUGAGUGUGAACACUGUGGACAGCGACACCAGCUUGGAGGCCCCAUAUGGGCAGACCCCAUCCAUGACCUGGACUUUGUUGGCCGAGUUCUUGAAGCAGUGACCACUAAUCCUGGCCGCUUCCACACCUCCAAGCGGAUCCAAGGUGUCCUGAGUGUUGUUACUGAGGAACUUCCCGACGUCCCUCUCUACUACACACUGGACCACCUGAGCAGCACCAUCCACUGUAACACACCCAGCCUCCUGCAGCUUCGGUCAGCUCUCCUCCACGCUGGCUUCCGAGUCUCUCUCUCCCACGCUUGUAAGAAUGCAGUGAAGACAGACGCUCCCCCACAAGCUCUCUGGGACAUCAUGCGUUGCUGGGAGAAGGAGUGUCCAGUAAAACGGGAACGGCUGUCAGAAAGCAGCCCAGCAUUCCGGAUUCUGGCUGUGGAGCCCAGGCUAAAGGCCAACUUCAACAUCCGGGAAGAUGCCAACCCCAGCUCCCGCCAGCAAGGACUCAAGCGCUUCCAGGCCAAUCCAGAAGCCAACUGGGGCCCCCGGCCCCGUGCCCGGCCAGGGGCAGCAAGUAAAGAUCCAGAGGAGAAACGGAGGCUGCUACAAAAUAAGCGGAAGGAGCCAGCCGAGGACCCAGCCCAGAGGGCAGCCCGCCUCAAGACGUUUCCUUGCAAACGAUUCAAGGAGGGUACCUGUCAGCGAGGGGACCAGUGCUGUUACUCACACAGCCCUGCAGCGCCUGUGGUCUCUGCUGAUACUCUCGUCACAGACUGUCCAGAGACCACCACCAAGAUCUUCCCUGGACCAGAGGCUGCUGCUGGGGGCACUGGUGGGCCAGGUGUGGACUGAGACAAUAAAGAGAUGU